AUGGCGACACAAGACCGCCCAAACAUCAUCUUCAUGAUGGCGGACGAUCACGCCUCAAAGUCCAUCUCCGCCUACGGCGCUGGCAUCAACCACACCCCGAAUCUUGACAGAAUUGCCAAAGAGGGCAUGCUAUUCAAUCAUUGUUUUGUAACGAACAGUAUUUGUACGCCGUCGCGUGCUGCAAUUUUGACAGGAACCCACAACCACGUCAAUCUGGUCAUGACACUCAACUCCGAGAUCAAUGAACGCCUUCCCAACGUGGCCAAAGCCCUGCAAGCUGGAGGCUACCAGACAGCAAUGGUGGGGAAAUGGCACCUUGGCGAAGGUAAGGGACACGAGCCAACAGGUUUUGACUACUGGAGUAUUGUGCCUGGGCAGGGCGAGUACUACGAUCCUAUGUUUAUCGAGCCAUCAGGUACAAAGCGGGUUCCAGGAUAUGCAACAGAUAUCAUUGCCGAGAAGAGCCUGGACUUUAUCAAGAACAGGGACAAAUCGAGACCUUUCUUCGUCAUGUGCCAUCACAAGGCGCCGCAUCGUAGUUGGGAAUGCGACCCGAAGCACAAGCAUCUGUACAAAGAUCCAGUUCGAUUACCAGAUACCUUUACAGACGACUACAAGAAUAGAGCCAGGGCUGCCAAGAUCGCAAAGAUGCGCAUUGCAGACGACAUCACAUAUCAUGACUUGGGAUUGGUCCAGCCUGAUGGCGGCAACGAAGUCGGUGAGAAACUGAUCGAUAUAUACUGGUGGAAUGAUCGAAAGAUUCCUAACCCUGAAGAUGUUACCAAGAUGCGCCUUCUCGAUAAAGACGACGGAACCGUCUUUACUUUCAAAACCCCCGCAGAACUCGCCGAGUUCAAGUACCAACGAUACAUGCAACGCUAUCUUCGCACCAUCCAAUCUAUUGACGAUAAUACGGGCCGAAUGCUAGACUACCUGGACGCAGAGGGUCUCGCGGAGAACACAAUCGUAAUCUACACCUCAGACCAAGGCUUCUUCCUUGGAGAGCAUGGUUGGUUCGAUAAGCGCUUCAUGUAUGAAGAGAGUUUCCAGAUGCCGUUUCUGGUACGCUGGCCCAAGGAGAUCAAAGCAGGAUCCGUAUGCGACGACAUCAUUUGCAACGUGGACUUCGCGCCAACGUUUCUUGAUGCUGCGGGUCUGCGCAUACCGAGCUAUAUGCAGGGCGUAUCCUUCCGCAAACUGCUACAAGGCCAGACACCUUCGGAUUGGCAACAAGUUGCAUAUCACCGGUACUGGAUGCACAACGACAUGAUUCAUGCGGCAUAUGCGCAUUACGGUGUGAGAGACCAGCGAUACAAGCUCAUUUACUGGUACAAUGAGGACUUUGGGAUUGAGGGUGCGAGACCAGCGGAUGCCGAGCAUAAAGAGUGGGAGCUGUUCGAUUGUCAGGAAGAUCCGUUGGAACUGUUCAACGUGUACGCCGACGCAGGAUACAGGGAUGUGGUAGAACAUAUGACACGGUUGCUGGAGGAUAAGAUGGCGGACAUAGGGGAUACACCAGUGCAUCCAACGAGGAACAGACCUGGUGGUCUCAUCAAAGGAAGGAUAUGA